AUGAGUUUUAGACAAUUUCGUAAUGAAAAUGAAAAACGUCGUCGUGAUCUCUUUAGUAAAUUAAUAGCAAAUUUAGAAGAUUUACUUUCUAUUAAAAAAACUUGUUCAUCAAACGAUCAAACUAAUAAGUUUGAUAAAGCUUCAAUUUUACGUCAAACUGCUCAAUAUUUACAAAAACAUCAUCACUAUUUAACCAAUGAUGAAAAAGUUGAAUUAUCAAAUAAAAGAUCAACAUCAUCAAAAAGAAAUAAUUUUUUAGAUUUUUCAUGGAAACCAUCAUCUGAUAUAAUUAAUAUUGAAGAAUGGUUACAAAUAUCUAUUGAAUCAAUGAAUUGUUUUUUUCUCGUUAUAAAAUCGAAUCCAUAUAACACUGAAAUUAUUUAUGUGUCAAAAAAUAUAAGUUCAUAUCUGGGUUAUACUCAACAUGAAAUUUUAAAUCAUUCAUUAUUUGAAUUCAUUUUCCCAUCUUAUCAUGACCGAUUACGUGAUUAUCUAUUAAAUGAUCACAAAGUAUUAGAAAGUUGUGAUGUGUCCUGGAAACGAGCUAUUAAUGAUGAUUAUGAACAAUGCACUAUCAUCGGUGCAUUUCGAAAUAUUAAUGAAAAUGAAAAGUAUUUGAUGUCAAUUGUUAAAUUAAAUACAUUAGAUCGAACAUUAAUUAUAAAUAAUGAAAGUUCAUGUGAAGAAUUUAUAACGCAUUUAAAUAUUUAUGGAAGAUUCAUUUUUAUUGAUGCAAAAGCUCGACAAUAUCUUGGUUAUAGCUCAUUCGAGUUAGUUGGUCGAACAUAUUUUGACUUUGUUCAUCCAGAUGAUUUAUCGAUUAUGGUUCGAGCACAUCAAUUAUGGAAACAAAAUGGAAAUGGGAAAAGCGAUCCGUAUAGAUUUUUAACCANUAACACUGAAAUUAUUUAUGUGUCAAAAAAUAUAAGUUCAUAUCUGGGUUAUACUCAACAUGAAAUUUUAAAUCAUUCAUUAUAUGAAUUCAUUUUCCCAUCUUAUCAUGACCGAUUACGUGAUUAUCUAUUAAAUGAUCAUAAAGUAUUAGAAAGUUGUGAUGUAUCCUGGAAACGAGCUAUUAAUGAUGAUUAUGAACAAUGCACCCUCAUCGGUGCAUUUCGAAACAUUAAUGAAAAUGAAAAGUAUUUGAUGUCAAUUGUUAAAUUAAAUACAUUAGAUCGAACAUUAAUUAUCAAUAAUGAAAGUUCAUCUGAAGAAUUUAUAACGCAUUUAAAUAUUUAUGGAAAAUUCAUUUUUAUUGAUGCAAAAGCUCGACAAUAUCUUGGUUAUAGCUCAUUCGAGUUAGUUGGUCGAACAUAUUUUGACUUUGUUCAUCCAGAUGAUUUAUCGAUUAUGGUUCGAGCACAUCAAUUAUUUGAAUCUUUAUCUUUUCUUCGUACAAUAACGGCAACUAUGUCACAAACAGAAAAUCCACAAGAAAAAAAUUCUUCAUCAGAAAGUGAAAUAACUUCAUUUUUAUCUCAUCUUGGAAGUGAAAUCUAUCGAAAAAAUAUUCGUGAAAAAUUAAUCGAACGUCGAAAAAGGACAGAAGCUGAAAUACGCAUUCGUCAAGAGGAAAUUCAAGUUAUCGAAGAUAUGAUUCAAUUUAUUAAUCAAUAUCAAAUCAAGCAUUCAUCAAUUGUUCCAACUAGUCAAGUCCCAUAUCAACAAACUAAAAAUCUGCCCAGAGAAGAAUUUCCUGUAAACGUAUUUCAUACUAAUAAUGAUUCAACAUUAUUUAAUAAUUCUAUAUCUGGUGCUAUUGAAGAUUUUGCUUUCCCAACAAAUACUAAAGAUGAUGCAGUAAUUGAUCCAUUAUCAUCAUUAUUUUCUCCAUUAUCAACCACAUUUAAUAUUUCACCUCCAAUAAUAUCAUUAUCAAAUCCCUCAUUAGAUAACGAUUCAGUAGACGACAAUACUUGUCUAACGUCAACAAGAAAUUCAUCUAGAGACAGAUCAUUUACACAAAAUCCAUUUCCUUAA